CUACGUUAAUACUACUUCUGGCGCUGACGACAACAUCAACAACAACAUCAACAACGGCAGCAAAAGCAGCAGCAGCAGCAACAACAACAACAUUAAUAACAACAUUAACAAUAACAACAACCACAACAACAACAACGACUACCCGGACUUCGGUUACGUCAACUUUGUCAAUGAUGAGGAUGGCGAGAGUCAUUUCUGCUUCGAGUGUAAUAGAACUUUUAAAAGGGCCAUCUACCUUCGAAGACACGUGACCAGAGAACACUGGACGACGGCGAAACUCUUCAAAUGCGAUAUCUGUGCUUACGAGACCAAACAUCAGAGUAACCUACUCGUACAUAGACGGACGCAUACUGGUUAG